GACCACUAGUUAGAAGACAGAUAUUUAGAUCAUUACCCCUUAAAUAGCUUGAUCUAAAGGAAGCUCUUAACUUCGCUCUCACCAAGGCAUCAUCUCAGUGAACUUGAUCUCUUGAAACAAUGGACAAGAUUCAGCACAGCCAUGUUCAAGCGAAAGGACUUAAGCUUCAUGUGGCCGAGAUUGGAACUGGUCCUAAGGUGGUGGUGUUCUUGCAUGGAUUCCCAGAAAUUUGGUAUUCAUGGAGGCACCAGAUGAUCGCCGUGGCUAAUGCUGGCUACCGAGCAAUUUCUGUUGAUUUUAGAGGUUAUGGACUCUCAGAGCAUCCAUCAGAGCCAGAGAAGGCAACCUUUAAUGACUUUGUUGACGAUGUUGUUGCCCUUCUUGAUUCUUUGGGCAUUACUAAGGCUCAUAUUGUUGCAAAGGAUUUCGGAGCCUUCGUAGCAGCCAUGCUGGCUAUACUCUACCCUGAUAGGGUGUCCAGCAUCGUCUUACUUGGCGUUCCUUUCCUACUACCAGGUCUCUCUCCUCUUCAGAGUCAACUUCCUCUCAUUCCACCAGGCUUUUAUAUGUUAAGGUGGAUGAUUCCAGGAAAAGCUGAAGCAGAUUUUGCCCGCUUUGACGCGAAGACAGUGAUACGAAAGGUUUAUAUUAUGUUCUCUGGAAGUCUACCCCCUGUUGCUGCUGAUAAUCAGGAGAUUAUGGACUUGGUUGACUCCUCUGCUCCGCUACCACCAUGGUUCAGUGAGGAGGAGCUCGCAGAGUAUGGAUCUCUAUACGAGAAAUGCGGCUUCCGUACGGCAUUGCAAGUUCCAUACAGGACUAUGAUGGUUCCUUGCGGUCUGGAUGAUCGGAAAAUCACAGCUCCAGGACUUGUAAUCGUGGGAGAGAAAGACUACAUCAUGAAAUUCCCAGGGUUGGAAGACUACAUUAGGAGUGGCAAAAUCAAGGAGUCUGUGCCCAAUUUGGAUGUCACAUUUAUGUCAGAAGGAAACCAUUUCGUUCAAGAACAAGCUCCUGAGGAGGUGAAUCAACUCAUCAUUUCCUUCCUCAACAAACACUGCGAAUAAAGGAGCUGGAGCUAGUACGUAGGUAGAAAUUCAGUUGCUACUUUUAUCACCCUUAUUUGCAGCAGAUGGCUAUGGCCGGUCCUUGCACAGGAAUCCUGUGUUUGCACUGUGAAUAAAGGAGCUCAUCUCCUACAACAAUAAUGACCUCAGUUAUGUCGACGUUGAAUGUAUUAGAAGAACAUCUGUUUUUCAGUUUAAUUAAAUGUGUUAUUCACCAUUGUGGAGU